AUGAGACAAAUUGACCGCCAAGAAAUCCACGUUACUAAAGGAAAAGACCCUUCACUCAGAAAUUUCCAUGCCGUUUCUCCCCCUAGAGUCUAUGACAAUUGGGAACGGCUGGUCGAAGCCACUCUGCUGAGAGAAGAGCUUCGAGAAAUUGCUCGGAGCUCUAGUGUCAGCUCUGUUUCAUCAGAUUUCGGUUCGAGUUUCAGUUCUCCUCUUCACGACCAUGUGCCUGUCAAGAGCCCUGAAGCUGUAAAGAAAAGCCAUUUGGUACUCUUGAAGGGAAGUUCCCUCUUAGAUUGGAUGCUCCCGAAACGAAGGCUGACAAAAAGAAGAGAGGAGUUCUUCCAGAAAAAUGGAACAAUUAGAUUGUUUACUGCAAAAGAUCUCCGGAGGGCUACAUACAACUAUGACAAAAGGAACAUAAUCAACAGCGACUGGAUUACUGGAACAGUUUACAAAGGAAUUUUACCUGAUAAUACAGUCGUUGCCAUUAAGAAGUCAUGUAGUGAUCAAAGGAAAAUUGAACAGUUUAUGAAUGAAUUAAAAAUUGUUUCCCAAAUCAACCACCGGAAUGUGGUGAAACUUUUGGGGUGCUGUUUGGAAUCUGAAGUCCCUUUAGUGGUUUUUGAAUUCGUCAAAAACGGGACUCUUUUAUGCCAUAUACACGAUCCAAUUCGUGCUUCAAAUUUCUCAUGGGAAAUGAGGAUAAAAAUAGCGGCAGAAAUCGCAGGGGCAGUUGCAUAUUUGCAUUCAGCUGCAUCCACCCCGAUUGUUCACGGAAAUUUAAAGAGUGCAAACAUAUUGCUGGACCAAAAUUAUUCUGCAAAAGUGGGAAAUUUUACAACCUCCAGGUUUCUCCCUCCUGGUCAUUCUCAGCUGACUACAUCAGUGGAAGGAACUUAUGGAUACUUGGAUCCCGAGUACAUCCGUUCAAACCGACUGACCGAAAAAAUUGAUGUUUACAGCUUUGGAGUCAUCUUGGCUGAAUUAUUAACCUGCCAGAAGGCUCUUUCUUUUGACUUACGCGAAGGAGAAAUAAAUCUUUCUGCGUACUCAGUUUCUGCAAUUCGAGAAGAUCGAUUAGAACAAGUUUUUGACAAGAAUUUGGUAAGAGAGGAUCGAAUUGAUGACAUUCAGAAUACUAAUCGAAUUUUGAAUAAUGGGGAAGAAGCAGCAAGGCUAAAAAGUGCGCUACACAUUGUUCCCUUCAGGGGGAGUAAAGCAGCAUCUCGUCAAACUCGCAAUAACAUAGAGAAUGCGACCAUUAGGAGAAAAGUAAGACUCAGCUUGUACAUACAUGAGACUCUCCUAUCGGAUACUCAGAUGUUAUAUCUUAGUACACACAGCAGACCAGAAUGGAGCGCCAGAGUUUCAGCAACAGCGGGAGAAAAUCAGCCUUCCAUCCUGGAGCCAAAAGCCACCACUACCGCCCCACUCCUGUCUUGGAUGACAGAACCCAGCCCAAUAAAUUCCUACAGAAUUGCUGCAUCAGUGUUCAAUUUCAGCCCAUCCCUAAUGGUUGCUGCCAUCCUGUCUUUCUCCUGUCCUUCGUCUGCCUUGUGGAACCAGCAUCCUCACCCAUUGUAA